AUGCGGAGCGCGCCGAGCCAGUGCGCGGUAACCCGCGCCCUGGUCCUAGCCGGUCUCUGGCUGGCAGCAGCCGGGCGCCCCCUAGCCUUCUCGGACGCGGGGCCUCACGUGCACUACGGCUGGGGUGAGCCCAUCCGCCUGCGGCACCUGUACACCGCCGGCCCCCACGGCCUCUCCAGCUGCUUCCUGCGCAUCCGAGCCGACGGGGGGGUUGACUGCGCGCGGAGCCAGAGCGCGCACAGUUUGGUGGAGAUCAGGGCAGUCGCUCUGCGGACCGUGGCCAUCAAGGGCGUGCACAGCGUCCGGUACCUCUGCAUGGGCGCCGACGGCAGGGUGCAAGGGCUGCUUCAGUACUCUGCUGGGGACUGUGCCUUCCAAGAGGAGAUCCGCCCCGACGGCUACAACGUGUACCGGUCCGAGAAGCACCGUCUCCCCGUCUCUUUGAGUAGUGCCAUACAGAGGCAGCUGUACAAGGGCAGAGGGUUUUUGCCCCUGUCCCAUUUCUUGCCCAUGCUGCCCGGCAGCCCAGCAGAGCCCAGGGACCUCCAGGACCACGUGGAGUCGGAGAGGUUUUCUUCACCCCUGGAAACAGACAGCAUGGACCCUUUUGGGAUUGCCACCAAAAUGGGGUUAGUGAAGAGUCCCAGCUUCCAAAAGUAACUGAGGCUCUGGCCUCCCUCCCUCCCUCCCUC